GCGGAGCGGGGCUGGGGCCGCCCGGCCGGUUCCUCGCAAGCGCCUCCCUGCGCUGCCCGGGGCGGCGGUGCCUGCUCCGUGCGGCUCCCGUGGGGAGCGGCAGACCCCGGCCCUCUCCCCCGCGGGGGGAAGGGGCGCCCCGGGGUUGUUGCCGGGCCGCUGAGGGAGGGGGCUGCGUGUCCUCCAGCCCCCGCACAAACCAUGGCCAUCGCCGCGGUGAGCGAGGCGGAAACCCGGCUCUGCGGGAACUGCCAAAAGGAUGUUCCUGUUGCUAAUUUCAUCAUGCAUGAGAUCCACUGUAGCAGAAAUAUUGAAGUAUGCUGCUACUGCAGAGACUCAAUCCCAAAGUCUGAAAUGAAGAACCACAUUGAGUCUGAGCAUGUACAGGUUACCUGCAAGUGUCAGAUGAAGAUAGAAAAAGGUCUCUUGAAGGAUCAUGAGGCGUCAACGUGCCCUCUGCGUCCUGCCCUCUGCCAGUACUGUGACAUACAGCUCACCUUCAGCAGCCUCCAGGACCACGAAAUCUACUGCGGAGCCAGGACCGAGAGGUGUGGUGGCUGUGGUCGUAAUGUCAUGGUGAGAGAUCUCAAGGAGCACCCUCGAGUCUGUGGGCAAGAGGUGAAGCAAGUCAGAGGACGCAGAUCAGGGCUGUGCUUUGAGGAUGAGGAUGCAGACCCGCGUGCCCUCCGGGUCAACAGAAACCGACUCAGAUCAGAGGAUGAACUGGAGCAGUUGGAGAGAAAUGAAAACACUCGUUCUUCACUUUAUGAGGAGUGGAAUGCAGAUUUAGACUACGUGUUGGCUCUUAGCCUGCAAAAUGAGACUAAUCCUCUCAGUAAUGCUGCAGCUGAAAUCCCCAGGGACUUCUGGGACAGCUACUACACCAAAGAUUCUGUGCCCUCAGCAUGUCUUAAAGAACCAGACAAGUCAAAUAUCUUCUCUGCUGACUCUUCCAUGUCCUUUAGCACGUCAAACUACAUAGAAAAUUAUGACACCACCGUGCUGCCAUGUGAAUUUUGUGAGGAGCUCUACCCAGCUGAAGAUCUGAUUCUUCACCAGACAGGUUGUAACCCAGCAAGUGCCUUCGCCUCGUUCAGCAAAAGAAGGUCUCAAAAUCCAUUGGAAUAUGAUGAUCUGUGUGAUGCUGGCUCCAAAGGCUGCUGGUCUCUCUCUUCAUCCCAGCCCCAAGCUGUCCAGGCAGAAGGAGACAUUACGAUUCCAUGUGAAUUUUGUGGCAUCCAGCUGGAAGAGGAGACUCUCUUUCAUCAUCAGCACCACUGUGACCUGCGCCCAGCCAGCCCAGCAGCCAGAGCUCCAGCUCAGCAGCUGCUGCCGCUGCAGAACAACAGAGAGAGGAGGGAAUCACCAGAGCUGGCCCGGAGACGGCUCCGGCAUCAAGGAGAUGUUUCUGCGCGGAGCACAGAAGGCUUUGAGCAGCAGAGGCUCAGCUGUCCUGCCCAAGGGGCCAAGUCACUGAGUAAUGCAGCGAACACCAGGAAUGUCCUCCUGUCCUCUUCAGCCAGAGCUCGGGAUGCUCCUGACGUGAGAGGGAAGCCGAGGAAGGGGCCUGGCAGCGAGGGAAGGGCGAAGAACAGAGGGACAAGUGAAUCUGCAGGUGGGACAACACCACAUGCAAGACCUGCUCGGAACACUGAUUCAGAAGGCUUCACAUCCAGCUUCUCCAGAACUCCUCCAACCCAGCCAAGCAGCAGCAAUGGAGGAGGAAGGAGCCUUGGGAUGUCAGAUGUUCCGGCUGGCUCCAGGCGCAGGAGUACAAAGGCCAAAGCCCAGAGCCCAGCACCUGAUUAUCCAGAGGAGAAGUGAUCCAUUACUUAGAAAAAACAUGUUUAGCACUCUAGUACUUAUUCACCUGAGUGCAAGUAAUAUCAAGCUAUAUUGCUGUGUCACUGAUGACUUUCUAUGAUUUUAAUGUUUUAUAGGCAGUCAUAAUUUUCUAUAUAUAUAUACACACAUGCACACAUGUGUAUUUUGAAUUUGGGAGAGCAUACUGCAGGGUUUUUACCUCUGUGAUCUCUACUAGCAACAUCCCAAGACAGCAAAUACACCAUCUGGGCACCACCCUAGUUGUGUUUCUGUACUUGCUCUUUGUGACACCCAGUGAAAGAGAGUUUUUGCUAUCCUGGUCUUCCCACCCAGGUCCUGCUGCUUUGUUCUCCUGACCCGUGUGCCAGUCGUUACAGCUGUGCCCAGGUCAUGGAGAGGGGGCUGCUGUCCAUGGAGCAGCUUUGAGCCCAUGGCUGUCUUGUAAAGCGCUUUUUAAUGCUGUGUUAGGCCAUGCUGUUUAAAUUCCUUGUAAUAAAAUUUAUCUGAUGGUGUCCCAAA